AUGGACCGACCCCUCUCCUACCUCUCGCCGCCCCUGCGUGACCUCACUGAGAAAUACAGCUCCUGCAUGACCGCGGAACACGCCCAAUGGGCCGGCGUCGCGCUCGUCUCCCUAGCCGCCGUCUACGCGGGGUACCUCUACAUUCUAUGCCUGAGAGAGGCCGCCGUGUCCUUCAAUGUUCCAUUGCCGGCGGAAGUGCGCAAUAGCGCGAGUGGAAAGAAAUGGGGCGAGGUUACUGGGGCUGAAAAGCGUGUACUGGAGGAUCAGGUUCGGGGGGUGUGGAACAACAAGUUGAUUAUGAGCUACUGUCCUGCUGAUGGCCGGGUCUUGGGCAAUGGUAUCAAGCCAGCAACAGUGGAGGAUGUUAAUGAUGCCGUGGGGCUUGCAAAGGCUGCGCAGCGGGAGUGGGCAAGAACGACUUUCGCGGAGCGCAGGAAGGUCCUUCGGACGCUGUUGAAGUACGUCCUCGACCACCAAGACGAUAUCGUAACCGCAUGCUGCCUCGACUCCGGAAAGACCAAAGUGGACGCCUCGUUCGGCGAAAUCCUUGUCACUGCUGAGAAGCUCAAGUGGACCAUCGACCACGGCGAGAAGGCGCUUCUCCCGUCGCGCCGGCCAACCAAUUUCCUGAUGAUGUACAAGAAAAAUAUGGUGACCUACGAGCCGCUCGGUGUCGUGUCUGCAGCCGUGUCAUGGAACUAUCCGUUCCACAACUUCAUCGGCCCCGUCAUCAGCGCCCUGUUUACUGGUAAUGGCAUCGUCGUCAAGCCAUCUGAGCAGACAGCUUGGUGCACUGCGUUCUUUCUGGAUAUAGUCCGGGGCGCGCUGUCCAGCUGCGGACACUCGCGCGACCUAGUCCAAACCGCCGUCUGUCUCCCUGCCGUUGCAGACAAGCUAACUUCGCACCCGGACAUCGCCCACAUCACCUUCAUCGGCUCUCGCCCUGUCGCCCACAAAGUCUGCGCAUCUGCCGCCAAAUCCCUCACCCCCGUCUGCGUCGAGCUCGGCGGCAAAGACCCAGCUGUGAUCCUCGACGACGCCCGCACAGUCCGCAACCUGCCCGCUAUUGCCUCAAUCCUCAUGCGCGCCGUCUUCCAAUCCGCCGGUCAGAACUGCAUCGGCGUGGAGCGCGUGAUCGCCCUGCCAGGCACCUACGACAAGCUCAUCGAGAUCGUGGCCCCACGCAUCCGCGCCCUCCGCCUCGGCUCAAUCCUCCUCGAUACGCCCAGCGACACCACUACAACCCCCGACAUGGGCGCCAUGAUCUCGCCAGCUUCCUUCGACAAACUCGAAGGCCUGAUUGCCGAAGCAGUAGGCCAAGGCGCGCGCCUCCUCGCCGGCGGCAAACGGCACACACACCCUAGCCACCCGCAGGGCCACUAUUUCGCGCCGACGCUCCUCGUCGACGUAACACGGGACAUGCGGAUCGCACAGGAAGAGCUUUUUGCGCCCGUGUUCCUCAUAAUGCGCGCGGAGUCCGCCGCCGACGCCGUGGCUAUCGCGAACUCAACGCUGUACGCCCUCGGCGCAAGUGUCUUCGGCCACAACGCGGCGGACGUGCAGGCCUGUGUACGCGGAAUUGACGCCGGCAUGGUCUCUGUGAACGACUUCGGCGCGUACUACGCCGUGCAGCUGCCCUUCGGCGGUGUCAAGGGCUCUGGUUACGGCCGGUUCGCGGGCGAUGAGGGCCUACGCGGCCUGUGUAAUCUAAAGGCUGUUUGCGUGGACAAGUUCCCCAAGAUUAUAGGAACGGCGAUUCCACCGCGGGUGGACUAUCCGAUUCAGAAGCGCGAAGGUGCGGCUGGGGCAAAGGAUGGUCCCUCUGCGUGGGAGAUGUGCAAGGGCGUAGUGGAGACGGGGUACCAGAUUACGCUUGCGGGGCGUGUGGCUGGUAUCCUGCGCCUGCUGGGAAAUAUGUGA